GAGACGCCGCACCUGCCGCAGAUCAACUCUAACUUUAGUCCUGCGCGUGAAGAGAGCCGGAGCGAUGCGCGCCAAACACCAGGAGAGCCUGUCCUCGUGCGUAAAGCUGUUUUAAAGAGUUGGAGUCAGUGACAGAGUUUCAGGAUGCCUCGGCCCGGCAGGAACACGUACAGCGACCAGAAGCCGCCCUACUCCUACAUCUCCCUCACGGCCAUGGCCAUCCAGGGCUGCCCGGAGAAGAUGCUGCCGCUCAGCGAGAUCUACAAGUUCAUCAUGGACCGCUUCCCCUACUACCGCGAGAAUACGCAGCGCUGGCAGAACUCCCUGCGACACAACCUGUCCUUCAACGACUGCUUCAUCAAGAUCCCGCGCAGGCCGGACCAGCCGGGCAAGGGGAGCUUCUGGGCUCUGCACCCGAGCUGCGGGGACAUGUUCGAGAACGGGAGCUUCCUCCGGCGCAGGAAGCGCUUUAAGCUGGGAGGGGGGUUGCUGCUGCCGGACCCGAUGACGGUCAGCAGCAAGUCUCAGGACGCGGCAGUGCACUUCCUGCAGCAGCAGCAGCGCGAGGCCAAGCUGCGGCUCAGCGCGCUGCACGCGCACCUGCCGCCGGGCGGAUACAUGAGCUCCGUGCCGCCGGCUUCCGGGUUCAAACACCCGUUCGCCAUCGAGAACAUCAUCGCCCGAGAGUACAAGAUGCCCGGUGGGCUGGCGGCCUUCUCCCCCGCCGGGUUCCCGCUGCACCAGCAGCUGCCCCCCCCCUGGUCGGUGUACGGCUCCGGGAUGAUGGACAGCCCCAUAAUGAGCAGCGACUACCCGGCCUACAGCCUGCAGACUCUACCCGCAAUCCCGGUGCCCAUCAAGCCCUCCCCCGGGUCAAUGCUGCACACUCACCUCCCGGCCUUCCUGGCGCACUCCCCCCCCCAGUCCCUGAGCCCCAGCUCCCCGCAGACCGGGCAGAGCAGCCCCGCCGCCCCCGGGGAGGCGCUCUCCUCCUCGGCCUCCGCAGCGCUGCAGGUGUCGGUGCACUGA